GGCAAUUGGAAUUCGAAAGUAAAGAAAAGUUGGAAAAAUACUAUUUAAAAUGAUUUCUUCCUCGCUACUACGAAUUACAUCUAGGACGACUUUGCCAAGGAUCAAAGAGUCUUCUUCACAGAUUAUUUUGACCCGAUGCAUGGCUAACUAUGGUUAUGGUCCAUACAGAAAGAAAAAACCCUUGCCUCACAACACGGUCAUCAAAUUUGUCCCCCAACAAGAAGCAUGGGUUAUUGAAAGAUUUGGAAAGUUCCACAGAAUAUUAAGCCCUGGUUUAGCUAUCCUAAUACCAGUCAUUGAUGAUAUCAAGUARGUUCAGAGCUUCAAAGAAGCAUACAUCUUGAUGGUGUACUGUACUUACGAGUGGUUGACCCCUACAAAGCUUCAUAUGGAGUUGAAGACCCAGAAUUUGCYGUCACACAGUUGGCUCAGACAACCAUGAGGUCUGAAUUAGGAAAAAUCAGUCUGGAUCACAUCUUUCAAGAAAGAGAGACUUUGAAUCACAAUAUUGUUGCUGCUAUAAACUCUGCUGCAGAAGUGUGGGGCAUCAAAUGCCUUAGAUAUGAGAUCCGUGAUAUACAGUUACCUAAGACAGUUGUAGAAGCCAUGCAGAUGCAGGUUGAAGCUGAAAGAAGGAAGCGAGCUGCAAUCUUAAAAUCUGAAGGUGAACGAGAGGCAGCCAUUAAUGUUGCUGAAGGAAAGAAACAGAGUCAAAUUUUAGCAUCUGAAGCUGUCAAGACUGAACAAAUCAACAAAGCUUUGGGUGAGGCUGAAGCCAUCAUUGCCAAAGCCAAAGCAAGAGCUCAAGGAAUCACUAAAGUAGCAGAUGCUCUUGAAGCAAAUCUUGGGGACAAAGCRGCCAGUCUUAAUGUAGCAGAGUUGUAUGUGUCUGCAUUUGGAAACCUUGCCAAGUCAACCAAUACAGUUGUAUUGCCAGCCAGUGUUGGUGAUGCUUCUUCAAUGGUAGCUCAGGCAUUGGCUGUAUAUGGACAAGUCACACGCAAAAAUGAAACUCCCGGUACCACUCCCCCAGAGUCACCUACACCAYCAAUACCUCCKCCUCCAAGUGACUCCUCAGACCUCCCRCCACAYUCAACAAGCAAACCUAACCCCUUUGGUUUUACUGACACUUUGAAUUUCGCUGAAGACGAGGCAGACAACGAGCGAAAUACGUUUGAUGGCCUCCCACACUUUACAGCCGCUACCUCGCCAACUCGCCCAAGGGAUUCCUGAAGUGAUUUCGUGCCGAGAAUGCACACGGAUGUCUUGGUAGUACUUAUAUAAAGAAAAUACAAGAAAGGAAGAGAAACUCGAAAAGUUGACCAGCAUUUGUCUGCAAGAACGAGAAAAGCACUCUUCUUACAUCAAUAGCGGCAUUCUAGAAAAGAUUAUAUACUGUCAGUUGAAGUGAUCUUCUMCGGCACUUAGAACUUUCUGACGCUAAUGUUUUUUGACACUCCAACUGAUUUUUUUGACACUCAAAUGAUUUCCUUGAAUUGUUAAGAUAGCGCGUACAACUCCCGCCAUUUUAUUUGGUGGAUGAUGAGCGUUGCGAUUGGUUAAAAGAAAUGUGGAAGCCAUUUCAGUGCUUAUUAUUAUCAAAACGAAAUUAAUAAAUUUAAACUGGAUUGAAUAUACAUGUAUAGUUAAUAAAUAGGUCAAUAGAAUACUACAAUCUAAUGCAAGCAGAACAGUGUUUUAUUGAACAGCUAUGUUUGUGCUUUGUUUUUACUCAUUUCCGUUUGAAAUAGUCAUGCCAAAGUGGCGUAAAAUCAAAAUCUCAUAACUUUGUCAUUUAUUAUUGUUUUGUUGACAUUAAUGGCUUUGAUUUGGUCUGACAAGAAGGCUUGCGGAAUGGUCUUAACACUAA